CCUGACUGAGCUCCCAGUGAGGUCAGUGCAUCAGCUGAAGGCAGACGAUGUGGCUUCGCCUGGGCACAGCCCAGGUAGGUGCAACCAUGGAUGUGUCUGGGGAACCGAUGCUCGACACCCUCGGUCCUUCCUGCUGGAGCAGCCGAGCCCAACCGCCUCGAUGCGCACCAGCUGCGUCCUGAAGUGCGGUCAGCUCUAACACAAGCUCCGUAUCUCAGAACCACGGCCAGGCACUCCCGCUCCGGGGACCGCGGGGCCAUGGAGCUCUCCGACAGUGACCGCCCGGUCAGCUUCGGCUCCACGUCGUCCUCGGCCUCCUCCCGGGACAGCCAUGGUUCCUUCGGCAGCAGAAUGACCUUAGUUUCAAGCAGCCACCUGGGCUUGUUUCCUCAGGAUAAGGAAGCAGGGGCCAUAAAACUGGAGCUGAUGCCAGCCAGGCCGUUUUCCAGCAGCGAGCUGCAGACGGACGGUGCGGCCGGGCCUCAGAGCACAGACGAGGGCGGCGAGCGGCAGCCCCGGGCACAGCGCAGAGUGGAAGCCAACGCGGCGUCCAAAACGGGGGCCGAAGCGGCCACCAGCCCCAAGCUGCUCUACGUGGACCGGGUUGUGCAGGAAAUUCUGGAGACCGAACGGACUUACGUGCAAGAUUUAAAGAGCAUCGUAGAGGAUUACCUUGACUGUAUCAGGGACCAGACAAAACUUCCUCUGGGGACAGAUGAAAGAUCAGCCCUUUUUGGAAACAUACAGGAUAUCUACCACUUUAAUAGUGAACUUCUGCAAGACUUGGAAAACUGUGAAAAUGAUCCUGUGGCUAUAGCAGAGUGUUUUGUGUCCAAGAGUGAAGAGUUCCACAUUUAUACCCAGUAUUGCACAAACUAUCCAAGAUCCGUGGCCGUGCUAACAGAGUGUAUGAGGAACAAGGUGCUGGCCAAAUUCUUCAGGGAACGGCAGGAAACUUUGAAACACUCACUGCCUCUGGGGUCUUAUCUCUUGAAGCCAGUUCAGCGGAUUCUCAAGUAUCAUCUCCUUUUGCAUGAAAUAGAAAAUCACCUUGACAAGGACACAGAGGGCUACGAUGUGGUGCUUGAUGCCAUAGACACAAUGCAGAGAGUAGCCUGGCACAUCAACGACAUGAAGCGGAAGCAUGAACAUGCGGUCCGCCUGCAGGAGAUACAGAGUCUGCUCACCAACUGGAAGGGGCCAGACCUGACCAGCUACGGGGAGCUGGUGCUCGAAGGAACCUUCCGCCUCCAGCGGGCCAAGAAUGAGCGGACGCUCUUCCUCUUUGACAAGCUGCUGCUCAUCACCAAGAAGAGAGACGACACGUUUACAUACAAAGCCCACAUCCUGUGUGGCAACCUCAUGCUGGUGGAAGUGAUCCCAAAGGAGCCUCUGAGUUUCAGCGUCUUCCACUACAAGAACCCCAAGCUGCAGCACACGGUUCAGGCGAAGUCGCAGCAAGACAAACGCCUGUGGGUUCUGCACCUGAAGAGGCUGAUCCUGGAGAAUCAUGCGGCGAAGAUUCCAGCUAAGGCCAAGCAAGCAAUACUUGAAAUGGAUGCCAUUCAUUACCCAGGCUUCUGUUACAGUCCCGAGGGAGAGACUUGUGGCUCUCGAAAUGGCUCUGCUCCGUAUCGGCUGAGAAGGAAAUCUGAACCUUCCUCAAGAUCACAUAAAGUUUUGAAGACCAGCGAAACGGCACAAGACAUCCAAAAGGUUUCCAGAGAGGAAGGGUCUCCCCAGCUGACUUCAGCAGGGCCCUCUCCUGCCCAGCGGAGCAGUCAGCCAAGCAGUUCUGCCAUCCUGAACGUGCUGCGUGGGGGCGGGGCCGUCAGAAACAUCUGGACUGACCACCAGAUCCGCCAAGCCCUGUUUCCCAGUCGAAGGUCGCAGGAGAACGAGGAGGAUGAAGACGACUAUCAGAUGUUCCUGCCAUCCUUCUCCUCCUCGGACCUGAACUCGGCCCAGCUGUGUGAAGAUAGCACUUCUAGUCGACCUUGCAGCUGGCACAUGGGACAGAUCGAGUCCGAGGAGACCCCCGGCUCAGGCCACAGGGUGGUGCGGCGGGCCAGCAGUGCUGGCGAGAGCAACACGUGUCCCCCUGACAUAAGAACUAGGGACAGUGGUGGCUCUCAAUACAGCUCCCGGAGGGAACUGCAGGGUGACCCUAAAACAGAGGGGCGGGACGGGACAACUCCCUACGGGUCCUCCAUAGAGCUGACUAUAGAUGACAUAGACCAUGUCUAUGACAACAUAAGCUACGAGGACUUGAAACUGAUGGUUGCUAAACGUGAAGAUGCUGAAGUCACUCCCCACAAACCAAUCAGGGACUCUGUUCGCCCCAAGAGCACCCCCGAGCUGGCCUUCUCCAAGAGGCCAGCGGGACCCGAGGAGGAGAGUGCAUUGCACCCCAGGAGAGAUGGAGCCCCCCCGGCCGGGGAGGCCUGGAACCAAAGCGUGCAGGACCUCCAGGUGAUGGAGGAGAACGUCUAUGACACCAUUGCGCUCCCAGAGGCGCCCUCCCGGGACUUCAAGUGCAGCAGCCCGAAGCGUCCUGCCAGGAGCACCUUCCUCGGCUUGGAGGCCGACUUGGGGUGCUGUGAUAGCCUGCGGGCGUCUGCUUCCCAGGACAGCCUCCAGUUCAGCGAGGACGAGGCGCCCUACCCCCCAGGCCCCUCCGAUAACGAUUAUCUGAGUUUGCUCUAUAACUCCUUCGGCUGCAACUUGGCCCUAGCGGAUCGGUCCAUCUCUGAUAAACUGUCUGAAGAAGUAGAUGAAAUCUGGAAUGACUUGGAAAAUUACAUCAAGAAAAACGAAGUCAAAGCCAGAGACCGGCUCCUGGCCGCGUUUCCCGUUAGCAAAGAUGACGUGCAGGACCGGCCGCUGGCAGGCAGCGCCCCGGAGCUGAGUGCGCGCUCCCCACUCUCACUGCCCGCGGGUCGGGCUCUCCUCGCACCGCCCGGAGACAGGCCCGGGCCGGCCCCCUGCGCCCUGGACCGCGCCCCGGCCCCUAGAGACAGCUCCUGCCUGAGUCUCCACCGGCUGUCGCUGGCCAGUGACCUACCACCCGCGGAGAGUCCUUAUGAUGUGGCCGGCGGCAGCCUGUCCCCAGUAGACCUAGAGAACCCUGAGCCCGGGAUGGACAAUGUAGACAAGACCAGGAGCAGGGUUUUCCUGAUGGCCAGGCAGUACAGUCAGAAGAUCAAGAAGGCAAAUCAGCUGCUAAAGGUGAAAAGCCCGGAGCUGGAACACACGGCCGGUAGCCAGCCGCAGAAGCCCGCACCCAAGGACCUGGCGGCCAUCCUAGAAGAGAAGAGGCAGGGCGGGCCCGCCAUCGGUGCCAGGAUUGCUGAGUAUUCCCAACUGUAUGACCAGAUUGUAUUCAGAGAGACACCCUUUAAGACUCAGAAGGAUGGCUGGGCCAGCCCUCAAGACCCCUCCAACCUCAGUUCUGCAUCACCUUCCCACGCCCAGCAGGGUAGCGAGGACUGGCUUUUGCAUUCAACCUAUAGUAACGGAGAGUUAGCUGACUUCUGUCCCUGGCCAGAGAAGGACUUAAAGUCAAAAUAUCCCACAUUAGAGAUCAAAACAAGAAGUACCCCAAGACAACUGUCCGCAGCUUGCUCCGUGCCUUCUCUUCAAACCUCCGACCCUCUGCUGGGCUCCAUGCAGAGACACAGCGUGGUGGUCAGCCAGCCAAACAAAGAGAACUCCUGCCAGGCUCAUCUUUACAACUCUCUGGGUCGGAAAGGAAUCAGUGCUAAAUCUCAGCCUUAUAACAGGUCCCAGUCAUCUUCCUCCAUCCUGAUAAACAAGUCUGCGGACUCCAUCAACUACCCUAGUGAAGUGGCAAAGAAGCAGCCUCUGUCUUUACACAGAACUUCAAGGUGGGAGAGUCACCAGGAUUUGCUGCCAAGUAUUGCUGACUCAGGUCAACAGGGCCUUGAAAAACGCUCAGAUCUCACACUCCAGGACUCGCAGAAAGUUUUGGUAGUGAAUAGAAAUUUACCUUUAAGUGCUCAAAUAGCUACCCAGAACUAUUUUUCCAAUUUCAAAGAGACCGAAGGAGACGAAGAUGACUAUGUGGAGAUCAAGUCAGAAGAAGAUGAGUCAGAGUUAGAACUGUCUCACAGUCGGAGGAGGAAAUCUGACCCAAAGAUUACAAACGCUGACUUUGCUGAUAAUGUCUGCAGCCACACAACUUCUUACUCUUUGAAUAGUCCAUGCACUCCAAAAAAGCCAGUAAGUGGCAAACUUGGGAUUUCGCCCUAUCUGACACCAUACAAUGAUCCCGACAAACUAAAUGACUAUCUCUGGAAAGGGCCAUCUCCCAAUCAGCAAAAUAUUGUCCAGUCUCUAAGGGAAAAAUUCCAGUGUCUUAGUUCAAGCAGCUUUGCCUAAAGGUUCUUAAGAGUAGCUGUCUCAAUUAACUUCUUACUGUGCUCAUGAAUUACAGAUUCUGAGAGGUGUUUUGUAUGCACCAGAUUAAAACAACUUUGUAAUAACCAGAGAUGUAAAAUAUACUUUCUUUAAUAGCACAAUUUUUUGAAACGGCUGGCGAUCAGCCAGGAUUGUACUGUAGCAAAUGUCAGCAUGUAACACUGUUUACUAAUGCUGAUGGUCUUCAUGUUUAAUGUAAGUCAAUCUUCCUUGAAAAUUUUUAGACUUUUUUUUUUUUUAACAUGAUGGCCAUGGUAUUUUUUUUCCCUCUUCUGACAAUUAGUACUCAGACUUUAAGAAAUGCAAUAAUCCUCUCCUAUUAUCUGGAAGCCACUAGUUAGUUUUAUCCUAGGACUCAGAGGCGACACGGAAGAAAAAAGAAAGGAAGCUAAAGCUGUUUAAAGGAUUAUGCUUACCUGUGACAUUUCUGUUAAAUUCAUGACAAGACCCUAGAAAACCUCAAAUGAGGGAUCUCUAAUCAGAAUAUUGUGUAGAUACCCAUUUUAGGGUUUCUAUACUGACUUCCUUACAUCAGUUCAUUAUAUUGCAGAAAGUGUGUAAUUAUUGGAAAUUAGAAUGUAAUAUGACCAAACUUCUAUAAGCAAAAAAUCUGUAUUCCUGAACAAAACCUGAAGAAUGUGCUGCUCAUCAUGUAUUUUAUGUUCCAUGGGGUUAAAUGAAUGAUUCCCUUAAUGGUUUAAAACCAAGUGCAAGAAAAUGCAAAUCGACUUAUUAGAAAAGAUGGGUUGACAUCUGGAUACAACUUGACUAUCUCAUCAUGUGACAGUUGGGGGUAGGGAGCAGAAAGAAACCUCCACUACUUUUUAUGCCUGUUUUUAGUCAACACGAAGUAAACCAUAAGCAAAAACAAUGUUCUUUAAACCUAGUCUUCCCAGAGCAGUUGUGCAGAUUGUCCUUUCCUGAGUUUUGUGCUCAUCCCGAUGACCUGAACCCAGCUUGAGGAUUUUAUCGAUGGCAAUGACAUUUAUUUUCUAAUCCAAACAUAAUAUGGCAGUCUUUUUUCAUUGUUUGGGGGCAUACAGAAGAGCAAAAUCUUUGGUCACCAAGUUCUGACUAGUCAUAUCUUACUUUCAUGUUGUAAUUGUGGCCUUUAAAUAGCAGUUCAUUGUGAUAUUAUGUACUGAUACAAUUCUUUAUGGAAGGGAACAGAAAAACAAAAGCAAGACCUUGUGAGUGAAACACAAAAUUAAAGAAGCUGAAGAAAAAAAUGAUAGCGGAUUUAUUACUGCUUUCUAAAAAUAUUUUAUUGAAGACUCCAAUCAAUGAAAAAAGAAUCUUUUCUCAAACAGUGGCCUUUGCAUUCUCAUUUUAGCUACAUUCUGUGGUCCCUUCCCCACCCUCUCAGCUUUCAUCUUAAAAGAUAUAAUAAUCUGUAUAGGGAAAUGGGAUCUGGGCUUUUCAUUUAAAGAUAAGUAAUGAUGUUGAUUUGAAUCAGUAAUUUGAGUCAUCUUAGCAUAAUUCUUUUUUGCUGUUUAAGUGCUAUGCCUCUUGUACUUAAGAACAUAAAAUGUGACCAUCCUUAUCUUAUACACAGGUACCUAAUGCAUUCCUUUUCUAACUAACAAAAAAAUAACCCAUUUCUUCUUUUUCUAUACUGUACUUUCUUCUCGUAGCUUAUAAAACAAAGUCCAUAUUGACGAACAGUUUUCUGGAAACAUUCCUUCUUUCAUUGCCUUUCUUUAAACAUAACAUGAGUUUUCAAGAUGAAGCAGUAUAGAAAAGAAAAGCAUAGUAACAGAGUGUGGAUUCUCAGACUUGCUAGAGAUAUUUGUAAGUGUGUUUACAAAACAAAGUUACCUGACUUUCUCGUCCCAGGAACACGAUUUCCCAGUUCUGCUUUUUAGUUUGUAAGACCCAAAUUCUGUAUUAUCCAUAUCUGGUGUCUUACUCUCAGAAAUUAUUAAUUCUCCACACCAGUCCUGUUGCACAACUUUGAUAUUACUUAUAGGAAUACACCCUGCUUCACGAAGGCUGCUGUCUUACUGUAUAAAAUGUCUGUAUGGUUGUCUUUAGGUUCUAGGACAAAUCUGUAGUUCUGAACACCCCUUCUGUCAGCCAGGAUGCAGAUUUUGAGAUCUGUGUGUACACAUAUCAUCAGGUUCAUAUUUUCCCUCAAAGUUAUCCAUUGAGUGCUCUUGUUUAAAAUAGUUUCAAAAAAAUAAAAUAGUUUCUUUGGGAGGUGGGGUAGGGAUGUAUAUAAUUGCAGGGAAAGAGUUAUAUGUACUUAAGUGUAUGUCAAGUUCUUAUUAGGUCUCUGUACUGAAGAUUUAAUUGUUUUUAUAAGUUCACUUUUCACCUACUCUGUUCUUUGUGCAAAAGAAAACAAAAACAAAAACAAAAACCCAUGCAUCUUGGAAAACAGUUUAAAUACUGUAUAUAAGAUAAUGAAAGUUAGUAAUGCUCAUUAUUUAAUAAAGUUUGUAAAGUACAAAGUAAAA